AUGUUUUUGACAAGUAUAAGGGGGAUUGUUGAGUUUAUACAACGCAGCUCAUCUUCUUAUAAAUGGAGAGCCGACACUCGAAGAAGCAAUACGUUUUUCAAGGCGCAGCAUCUUGAAUCAAUUAGUGGGAGUCUAAAAUCGCCCCUAGCUAAUCAAGUCAAGCGUGCCCUUCACAGACCACUGCCAAGGUCCUGCAAGAGGGUAGAAACAUUGAAAUAUAUCCCCGAGUACGAGGAAGAAGAAGGCCAUAGUCCAACUUUACUGGAACUAGCAAAGUUGGAUUUUAACCUCCUACAACAUGUAUACUUGAAGGAGCUUAAAUCUGCUACCGAGUGGUGGAAUCAUUUUUCGGGAUACAUCAAGCUGGACUUCAUUCGAGAUCGUUUAGUAGAGAGCUACACUUGGGCCUAUGUGUUGUACUAUGAGAAAGACUCAGCACUUCCCCGAAGUAUCCUCACGAAGAUAAUUGUAUUAAUCACAACGUUAGAUGACAUAUAUGAUAUUCGUGCCUCAACUGAGGAAUGUCGGAAGCUACAUGAAGCAAUACAAAGUUGGGAUGAGAGUGCCAUUUCUCUUCUGCCAGAAUACUUACGGAAUUUGUACAAGGAGCUGCUGAGGACAUUCAAAAAUAUUGAGGAUCAAAUUCCAGUCAACAUGAACUAUGAUAUCACCCACCUCAAGAAAUCGAUCCAAAAACAUGUGACUGGCUACCUGCAAGAAGCUGAAUGGUCUCACAAAAGUUACAAGCCAAGCUUCAAAGAUCAGGUGAAUUUGACAUGUUUGACCAUAGGUGCACCAAGUGUGUGCACGAGUAUGAUGGUUGGCAUGGGUGACCCAAUAAUGAAACAAGCCCUCGAGUGGACAGCCAGUGUCCCCGAUGUUGUCGUAGCAGCUGGGAAGGUUGUUCGUUUAAUGAAUGAUAUUGCAGCAUUUGAGGUAUACAUCGUCCUUCAAGAGUAA